AUGCGAUGGCGGUCGGUGGUGCUGGGGCUGCUGCUGGCGCGGCUCGGGCUGCAGGCGCUGCUGGCGCUGCUCCCCGCGCUGGCCCGCGGGCUGGGCCUGCACCCCCGCCCGCCCUGCCCCGGCGCCCUGCCCGCGGGCCGCGCGGCGCCGCUGUGGGGGCCGGCGCGGGGCGAUGAGUACGAGCGGCGCUACAGCCGCGCCUUCCCCCCGCAGCUGCGGGCGCGCCUGCGGGACGCGGCCCGCGGCAUGUUCGUGUUCGGCUACGACAGCUACAUGGAGCACGCCUUCCCCCGCGACGAGCUCGACCCGCUGCACUGCCGCGGCCGCGGGCCCGACCGCGGGGACCCCUCCAACCUCAACAUCAACGAUGUGCUGGGGAACUACUCGCUGACGCUGAUCGACGCGCUGGACACGCUGGCCGUAAUGGGAAACUCCUCAGAAUUCCAGAAGGCAGUGAAGUUGGUGAUUGACACAGUUUCAUUUGAUAAAGACUCAACAGUCCAAGUUUUUGAGGCAACAAUCAGGGUUUUGGGAAGCCUGCUGUCUGCACAUAUCAUAAUUACAGACAGCAAGCAGCCUUUUGGUGAUAUGACCAUCAAGGACUACGACAAUGAGCUGCUGCACUUGGCUCAUGACCUGGCUGUGAGGCUGCUCCCAGCCUUUGAGAACACCAAAACUGGGAUCCCAUACCCUCGGGUGAACCUGAAGAAGGGGGUUCCUGCAGACAGCCACAACGAGACGUGCACAGCAGGAGCUGGGUCCUUGCUGGUGGAGUUUGGGAUCCUCAGCAGGCUGCUUGGUGACUCCACGUUUGAAUGGGUGGCCAGGAGAGCUGUCAAGGCCCUCUGGAGCCUCAGGAGCAAUAACACUGGACUGUUAGGAAAUGUUGUGAAUAUCCAAACUGGCCAUUGGGUUGGAAAGCAAAGUGGAUUGGGAGCAGGGUCAGAUUCAUUCUAUGAGUACCUGCUGAAGUCCUACAUCCUCUUUGGAGAAAAGGAAGACUUGGAGAUGUUCAAUGAUGCCUAUAGGAACAUCCAGAACCACUUAAGAAGAGGUCGAGAGGCCUGCAAUGAAGGUGAGGGUGACCCUCCCCUGUACGUGAACGUGAACAUGUACACGGGCCAGCUCAUGAACACCUGGAUUGACUCUCUGCAAGCCUUUUUUCCUGGGCUGCAGGUGUUGAUAGGAGAUGUGGAAGAUGCUAUUUGUCUCCAUGCUUUUUAUUAUGCCAUCUGGAAACGUUAUGGAGCUCUCCCAGAAAGGUACAACUGGCAACUGCAGGCGCCCGACGUUCCCUUCUACCCUCUGAGGCCCGAGCUGGUGGAGUCCACAUAUCUUCUCUAUCAGGCCACAAAGAACCCAUUUUACCUUCAUGUGGGAAUGGAUAUUCUGCAGAGUUUGGAAAAAUAUACAAAAGCAAAGUGUGGCUAUGCCACGUUGCACCACGUGGUAGAGAAGACGAAGGAAGAUCGGAUGGAGAGCUUUUUUCUCAGUGAAACCUGUAAAUAUUUGUACCUGUUGUUUGAUGAAGAGAAUCCAGUGCAUAAAUCUGGAAAUAAGUUUAUGUUUACUACUGAGGGGCACAUUGUGUCUGUGGAUGAACGUUUUCGGAACUCCCUGUGGGAAGACAUCCUCCCUGGGGAAGAGGACAGUGCAGAGAAAACCAAACCCAAUGAGUUGAAGGCAGCCAACUUCAGCUCCAAUUGUAACAGAGUUCCUGACGAGAGGAGGUACCUGCUGCCACUGAAGAGCAACUACAUGAGGCAGAUCGAUCAGAUGGUGGGACUGAUCUGAGGGGCUCUCCAGAGAAACCUUGAUCAGGAGGAGUGUGGGGUUUAUCUGCAGACUUUCCUCCCCCUUCAGCUACUCACCUGCACCCACCGAGUCUCCUGGGUAUCCCCUGUGCUUGUUGUCAGUUCUAGACAUGGAGGGAGAUUGAGUUCAACCUUCUGAACUGUGGUAACCUCACAGGCCACCUGAACAGAGAUCUCUUGUUUUAAGACUUCCUAUGAAAAGUGUUGUUGCAAAUGAAGGCUGAAUAGGUUUUAAAAGAAAAAAGAAAGCAAAUUGGCACGUGCCACUUAGCUACCUCUUUGUAGCUGUAUUACAAAUGUCCCUCUAGAGAAGGGUCUGCUAUUUAAUUUGAAGUGAUCUCGGGGUUGGGGAAGGAAUGGGAAAGUGCAAUUUCUUACACCAAGUUGAAUUAUAGAAUUAUUCUGACUAGCAAUACACAACCUUAAGUACUACUCAGGUAGGAACCCACUGGGUUUUGCUGAAACAAAAAUACUCCAUUUAGUCUUGAAAAGAUAACUCGUGGUGGUGUAAAAAGCUCUUGGUAUAGUGUGAUAUCCCUCAUACAGCUGUGUGGAACUCGCAGUGUUGCAAGAGCCUGUAGCUAUAGAAACCAGUGAGAAAACAAAUCCAGGUGCCUUUUCGUAAGGGAAUGGGGGGAGGGAAGGGGGAAAUUGCAGAGCCACUCAGCUUUUCAAGCAGCUGAGCACUCAGCUGAGCAGAAGUUCCCAAAGUUUCCUUGUUUGCCAUGUUUUAGUGCCUUUUCAGGAGACUGCUGCUAAGAGCUGCUAUAACAGUACAUGAAGAACAAACUAUUUCACAUUCCUGACAGCAUUGGUGUGUUAGUGCCUUACGUUUUCUUCACUAGCAGAGGAAACUGAGCUUCCUCAGGAAGAUGGAUACAGUAUUUCUAAGGAGGUGGUUGCAAGAUACAAAGGAACCCAAAGCCACUUAAAAAACGAGAUUAUUUCCCCCCCCCCUUUUUUUUUUUUGAGAUACUGGAAAAAUAUCGUCUGUGAAGUUUCAGGAAGAAAGCAGUUAAGGGAUUGAGGGAUGGCAAAAAACUGAGGCCAAAACAACUUGUUCUGAAUAUAACAGGGUUUUUUUCCAGUGGUUCCCUGUUGCUUACAUGUUUUUAACUUUUGACUACAGUUGAAGUACUAGAAUGUUACUUUUGGGUUAAUUAUUUUUUAAAUUGAAGCAUAAAUAGAAGGACAAACUUGGUCUGUAUUUUCACCUUCUUACAACAGCAUUGGUUUUCAUAAACCACGUGUUGCAAUUCAAAACAUUUCUAAUAAAUAUGAAGUUUGUGCUGGAGAGGUUAUUGGAAUCUUUUAAUAUACAGACAUAGCUCAGGGACUUGGUUGUAGGAUCUUCUAUUCCAUGAGAGUUGAAUCUUUCAUUCAGGCAAAAAAAAUGAAUAAUCAAGUCUUCUCAGUCUUACUGUGUUGUUUUAAGGGGUGAAGGGUUGGAGGGGGGAGAGGGAAAUAUGUUAAAAUUUCCCAAAAUGUUGCAGUAGAAUGGGUUGCCUCCAUGUUUGAGCAGCUGGCAAUUCCAGCUCCUGGAGAAUUGGACUUGCAAACAUAUCACUGGAAUGUCUGGGUUUCCUGUUUCAAAGGAACACAUGAACUGGAGGUGUUGUGAUCCCAAGAGGUGCUGGGGGAGGCUCAGGGUGUUGGUUCCUGCCCCGUGCUCGCUGUGUGUGCUCGGGUCUGUGCAGGGCUAAGGAAGUGCAGAGGAUGGAAAAAGGGAGGGAAGGACUUCUGCCCGCCCAGGGAGGCAGGAGGCAGAGAUGUCUGGGCUCUGAAAUCCUCUCCUGGGCCAGGAGUUCUAAUCCAGCUCUGGAAUGAGAAGUGUGUGGUAGUGUGGAAGCCCAGCACAGCAUCUCACAGCAGCCAGCUGAAAUCAUGGAGUAGCACAUGCCAGGAUGGACAUGGCCUGGGUGUGGUGGUGGCAUUUUCAGGUCUUUGUUUGUCUCUGACUCCCAGUUCAGCUCUGAGUGUCUGUGUUACACCUUCCCAUCACCUCUCAGUGUUUUGUGCCUUCUGAAGGACCCAGGGGAGGGGUCCAGCUCAGUGUUAUGCACAGAAUCUGUUCCAGAGUUUUCCUCAGAGAAUUCCACUCCUGUGAUGAAGUUGCACAACUGUUCUGCCAUCGUGUUUUCCCUUGUUUGAUUGCCAGAAAGAGUGAAAGGAGGCUGUGGAAUGGGAGCAGCACAGGCAGAUGUUUCAGCCUUUCAGCCAAAUGUGAUCAGCUUCCCGUUAGGAAUUGCUUUGGAAUUCGUGUUGCCAGGUGAUGUGACAGUCAUCUUUCAAUAGGAAUGGUCUUUAUCCUCAAGGAGGCUGGUGCUGACUAAGUGGUAAAAGACUCUGUGUUCCUUCAGGAGCCACUUCUUCCUCUUUGUUUUAAAAAUGCUUGGACCCGUUUUUACUCUGUAACAGGACACAUGUUAUGCACUAAAAUAAAAACUUUUGUGUAAGUCAGUGAUAUCCAAACAAAAUUGAUGACACUGCUGGAAUGACUUGCUGAGACAGGCUUUUGUAUUUUGUGGUAUCAUGUGCAAUAUCAAGUUUUCCUAAUUAAAAGUGCCAUGUAUGCUUAAUUGUUGUUUAUCCAUGAUGUAUUUAAUGGAGGACAGGAGAUUUUUGAGAGGACCAAAUAUGCUUUCAUGAGAUGUCCUGAAUUUUCAAAACUUGGCUUAGAUUUUACAAAUCUGCAUUAAAAAAAUAGUGUGUUUGACCA